AUGGGUUGUUGUUACUCCUUGCCUUCAACAGUAGAUCCUCUUCAUGACAAGACGACCGAUGCAUCUCCCGAGCCGGCCAGAAACGGCGGAGGAGAAGAUCCACCGUUGAUAAAGUUCUCUUUCUACGAUCUCAAGAUGGCCACCAGACAUUUUUGUCCUGAUAACAUCGUUUCGGAACAUGGCUUCGAUAUUGUCUUCAAGGGCUAUCUGCUAAACGGUGGCAUCGUCGCGGUCAAGAUAUUUAACAGCAUGGUUUGGUCUGAUCCCAACCAGUUUGUGGAAGAGGCACGAAGAGUUGGUAGGUUAAGACAUAAGAGACUUGUCAAUCUGAUUGGUUAUUGUUGUGAUGGAGACAAAAGACUUCUUGUCGCAGAUUACAUGCCUUAUGAUAAUCUUGCUAAGCGUUUAUCCCAGCGGAAAACUCAUAGGAUGGAUUGGUAUAUGAGGUUGAGAAUAGCCUGUGGUAUAGCUGAAGCAUUGGAUUAUUGCAACACAGCAGGCUUUGCUUUUUACAAUAAUCUAAGUGCUUACAAGGUUUUGUUUGAUGAGGAUGGUGAUGCAUGUCUUUCCUGUUUCGGCUUGGUGAAGGGGAUCAAUGAUGAGCAAACAACAACAGGAAGUGUGAGCCCUCAAAAUGUGACAUACAGAUAUGGUACUCUCCUUCUGAUUCUUCUAAGUGGAAAGCAAAUUCCUCCAAGCCAUGUUCCUGAGAUGAUACAUGGAAAGACUGUUUUCCAGGUGAUGGAUCCAUAUCUGAAAGGGAGGUUUCCCGUGGAUCAAGCUACCGCGGUUUUCAAUCUCGCCAUUCAAUGUUUACAGGAUGAGGAUCAAGAGAGUCCUAACACAAAAGAGAUUGUUGCAACUCUUGAAACCUUGCAAACUAGAACAGAAGUUCCAUCUCAUGAAGUUAUUGAAAUGACAAUGCCGCAGAACGAGGCAUCAUUGUCAACUCAUUUUUCAUCAACUCAUCAGUCACCAAGUCAUCUUUCGUCAACUCAUCUUUCUCCAACUCACCUUUCAUCAACUCAUCAGUCACCAAGUCAUCUUUCGUCAACUCAUCUUUCUCCAACUCAUUUUUCAUCAGCUCAUCAGUCACCAAGUCAUCUUUCGUCAACUCAUCAUUCGCCAACUCAGCAGUCACCAAGUCAUCUUUCGUCAACCCAUCUUUCUCCAACUCAUUUUUCAUCAACUCAUCAGUCACCAAGUCAUCUUUCAUCAACUCAUCUUUCUCCAACUCAUCAUUCGCCAACUCACCUUUCGCCAACUCCUCUUUCGCCUUUAGGAGAGGCUUGCUCGAAAAUGGACCUUGCAUCUAUUCAUAAAAUCAUGGUGUCAACAGCAUAUGGAGAUGACAAGGAUUUCAUUGAGGUAUCUUUUGAAGAAUGGAUACAAGAAGUGAAAGAACUUCAAGAUGUGCGAAAACAAGGUGAUCAAGCCUUCGUAGAGCAAGACUUUAAAACCGCCAUCGCCUGUUAUUCUCAGUUCAUUGAGGGUAGGACAACAGUGUACCCAAGUGUUUAUGCGAGGCGUAGUCUAUGCCGUCUAUUCUGCAAUGAGCCAGAUGAUGCCCUCCUUGAUGGUAUGGCUGCACAAAGUGUGUUCCCUGAUUGGCCAACUGCCUUAUACUUGCAGUCUGUGGCCUUGGCCAAACUCAACAUGAACACUGACUCUGCUGAUACUUUGAAUGAAGCAUCUAUUCUUGAAGAAAAGAAACUAUACAAUGUGUGGCUAUGGAGAUUGUACAGAGGCUGCUUAGCUUAA